AUGCCUGAUAUAACAGUGUUAAUAUCCGGGUCAGGGUCGAACUUGCAGGCAUUGAUCGAUGCGGAAAAGAAAGGAGAACUCGGUGGCACAAUCACGCAGGUGGUUUCUUCGAGCGACACAGCAUAUGGCUUGACGAGGGCAUCGCAGGCUUCAAUUGGUACCAAGACACAUAUUUUGAAGAACUAUUACAAGGGAACCACGAAAGAAGAUAAGAGCGAGCGCGAAGCGAGAAGAGAGAAAUUCAAUGAGGACUUGGCCAAGCUCUUGAUCAACGGGGACAUCAGGGACACUCCGGUGGACGGAUACACCAAGCCAGAUUUGGUGGUGUGUGCGGGCUGGAUGUUGAUUUUGUCACCCACAGUGUUGACACCGUUGGAGAAGACGGGUAUAACGAUCAUCAACUUGCAUCCAGCAUUACCGGGAGCAUUUGACGGAACACAUGCUAUCGAGAGAGCGUGGAAAGCGGGCCAGUCUGGAGACAUAACUACUGGAGGGGUGAUGAUUCACAAGGUCAUAGCAGAAGUCGACAGAGGAGCACCGGUACUAGUCAAGGAGAUUGAUUUACGCAAAGACGAAUCAUUGGACGAUUACGAAACGAGGAUACAUGAUCUCGAACAUGUUGCGAUCGUAGAAGGUACAAAUAUAGUCUUGAAAGAAUUAGCUAAGUAG